AUGGUGGUGGCAGACAAAGGGCAGUUGUGUUCGUUCAAAGACCGAGUGCAAUCAGCUCCAACGAUCAACGUCACCGAUGCUGGUAGGUUGUUAUUGUGAUUUCUGUCGCGAACCUUCUCACGAAACUCGAUAAAACCGGGGGGAGAAACCCGCGAUUCGUACCAUUAGGUAAACAACACUGUUUUGUUGCCAUUCUCUUUUUGAGGAGAGGCUACCGUCUUGAUUAACUUGAUUAUUGAUUGUGUAAUAUUAGUACUGUUGAGUUGAGAAACAGUAUUGUACUAUACCUAUACGUUUGACUUAAAAGUUAGCACUGCACUCAUAUUAGAAGGUACUAUUAGUCGCUAUAUACAAAAGUUAGUGCUAUUCUAAGGCCGAAUUAAAUAAUUUGGGUACUAUUAUUGGGGUUUUGGUACUAAAAGUGAUUGUAGUACUAUAGUUAAAAGGCAAUACAAAUUUUAAAGCCAAAUUUAAAUUUUUUGUGAAAAAGACCUAUAAAAAUGGAAUUACUAAACACUGAAGCCUACAUACCUCCUAGAAGGGCAUCAAUGGGCAGUAGCCACAUGAUGUAUAUGAAAGGUAAGGUAUUUUUAAGGAUUGUUAUCCUUUGUCUUUUAUUUUAAAAAAGUUUUGAAGAUUUUGAAGAUAGCAAUUGCCAUAGCCCUAGCCCUCAAGGUGUUCUAAAUUUUUAUGUUUCACUUAUACAGUACUCAGUCUAUAUAAACAACCUGAAGGGACCGACAUUUUGUGUUUACUAUAAGGGAUGUUGUAUUUACAGAGAGACUUUUUAGUGAAAGUUGACUUGGCGGGGCCAAAUUUCUUGUUUACUAUACGGAGAGUUGCUUAUACAGAUGGUUCACUACAUAGAGAGACCACUGUAUAUGGUAUUAUACAUUGAAUCUCUUUUAUAACGAACUGUUCUAUAACGCAAAUCCUCUAAACAAUUGUUAUACAGUGGUACCUCUGUAUAACGUAUCACUCUAUAACGAUGGUUUAGAGGAUCGCUCGGGAUUUUUAAAUGUUUGUGAUAAAACAUUUUUGUUAUACAGGAGUUUCGAAUGUACGACGUGGCGGCAGACGGGUAAUAUUAGCGUAGUUUUACUGUAGUGGAAAUUUUUUAUAAUUAUCAUAAUUUUAUUUAUUUUUUUAAUUUAGAGUCAAAAAUCUUUUUUUUUAAUAUUUGAAACGUUUCUAAUCUGCUUAUCAAAAGGAUUAUAUUAAAAUUUCAAAAUUUUGAUAGCAAGAUUAUAUUAUUAUUGUUACAAUAACUCAUUAUUUUUAAUUGUCUUUUAGUGUAAAAUACGACUGAUAGAUGAAUGAUGAUUAGAUAGUACACAGUAGAACUCCUGUAUAACGACUCGCUCGGGGACUUGAAAAUAGUUUGUUAUAAAGGAGUUUUUUUAUAGAGGAGUUCGUUAUACAGGAGUUCCAAAUUAGUUGUAAUUUUAAAAAAGAUUUAAUUUUAUAUUUUAAAAUUAUUUUCAAUUUUUUAUGUAAAAUACGUCCAUUAUAUGAUUGACUUUACUAAAGUUCAAACUUUAAUGGCACUUCUUUAUUUAUUCGCUUCAGGGUAGAAUAAGGUAGGGUAGGGUAGGACAGCGAUGAUUUUUAAAUUUUAAAUGCUCAUGGGAAGAUGGUUUCAUUUAUUUUCAAAGGAAGAAAGAAAUGAUAAAGCAAUAAUAAUAUUGAUCUAUGAGCAUCAUUUAAUGAGUUUAUUUUGUUGCCUUUUGUCAACAUCAAGAUUCCUGUUUUUAUCUCAAGAAUAACAUGUUUUUAUGAUAAUAAUCAUGAACCCAGAAGGUACUCAAGGUCGGUCAAGGAUGACAACAUAUAUUGGGAGUUCAAAUUGUCAAUGUUUUGUUGGACCCUUAGGCAUUUUAGGUAUACAAACUUGGUAUAUAAAUCCAACUAUACAACAUCUUUUUUAACGAUAAACAGCUAAAACUAGAAAAUAAGAACUUGCUGUUUUAUGGUGUUUCUACCUACUUUUUGACCUCUGUAUCACGUACUUUUAAGCCUCUUAACUUUUCUUUCUAUCAAAACUUCUUUCCGGACAUCCGCCAAAUUUUAGCUAUUAAAACAAUAUUAUAAUCGACAAAAGAAGCAAACAAGCAUUCCUAUAAAAAUAUACAUAUAACUCAAGGUAAAAUCACCAGUGCCAAUAAUUAGCGCGGUAAGAAAAGAAAAAGCUUUGUGAAUUUUGUUACGGUAUAACCAAUCUUUCUUACAUAACCUCAAUUAAUGGCAUUAAGUGUUUUUCUUCACAGUAAGGAAGGCCAUGGUUGCGUAUUCCAAUUGGAAUGCCCAUGUUGUUUAACUUUAGCUGGGUUGGAUGUUAUAACCUUGUAUGUCAUGCUGGUUUUUAGGGAAAGUAAGGGGGAUGUUAUAUAUAUUAUAGAAGGUAGAGGAUUAGGAAAAUGAUUUUUAUGUUAGGGGUGAUGUCAGUGCUUUUCAUAGUAUUUUUGUCCGAAUCAAGCUUACCAUGGUAUUUAAAAGGUAGAAUGUGUAAUUUUCAUAGUAUUUUGAAGCUAAGGUAGUAGUUUUCCUAGUAUCUUGAGGCUAGGAUCAGUAAUCUUCAUAGUAUUUUGGGGUAGAGUUGAACUGGCAAUCAAAAAACAGUCCUGUACAAUGGGCAGGGUAUUGACAAUUUUCUUGUGUGCUGUUCUCGUGCUCUUCGAUUCCCCGCUCGCUAGUAUAAGGAAUUUUAAUUCUGUGCCCUGCCCUGUAACCAACCCUGCCCGUAAACCACAUUUUUAACAAAGAAGUUGCUGAUUUCAUUACACAUAUUAUAGGCUGUUCAAAUAAUUUAGUGCCCCUAGCUCUUUUAAAUUUGUUUUUAAAGAGAGCACAGAACCAUUUGAACAACUUUUUAUGCAAAUUUAAAAAAUUUUUAACUUUAAACUAGCCAAAUAGGCGCCAAAAUUUUAAAUUUCAAAAAUUUUUAACCCCCGACUAAUAAGAUUCAUUUAACCGCUGAAACUUAUCAGUUUAAAGCGUCAUUUUGUAAUGUUUUGAUUCGAGUUUAAAGUCCUCGUCAAUAUUUGCACCCAAUUUGUUUUUCAAUAAGCGGAGAAAACAGCACGGGAACGGCGAAUGCAAGAACAAGAACAUUGAACUUUAAAGUUUAUUGAAACGUGAAUUCGGAAAUGGCAUAGGUUUUGUUUGGAGUGAUAUAAGAAAUGGCACAAGCUAUGUUUGUUUGAAAUGUUGAAAAAGUCUUGUCGUUUUGAACGUGUAAAUAUACAUAGAAUAACGACAAAACUUUUUACCAUCCUAAUAUUAGGCUGUUCAAAUAAUUCUGCGCCCCAUAUCUCCUAAGAUUUGCUUUGAUAGGGGGCUCAGAAUUAGUUGAACAACCUAAUAAAUGUUCAUUGCUCAAAGAUAAUGAUUUUUUUGCCACUUCUCAAUUUUUUUGUCAUUAAAACAACCGCAACAGUGAUAAAGGUCAAAACUCAUAAAACCCAACGUUGACUUCACAUUGCAGUCAAGUGGCAGAUAUUACACUUAAUAUAUCAAAAGCAAACGUUAGUUUCCUAUUACAUCUUCUUUUUGAUUUCAAGAACGAUUGUAAUGAUGUUUUUUUGGGUUUCUAGGCUUUCUCAUGGUUAAUAUAACUCAAAAAACGUUAUGCCAAAAAGUUGCCAAAUGCGCGGGAAUUUAAAAUUUUAAAAAUUAUUGGCAUCUAAUUUCUAAGUAACUUACAAACCCACUCUUAUACCAUACUAAUACGCAUAUUUUACUUGCUUUUUACUCAGGGUUCCAAAAACUUUCGAAAACCAGACUUAUUGUUACCAAUUUAUGUUAUCCAUGCCUUAUCAUCUCUCCAGAACGCUUUUUCGAAAGUUAUAUCAAAGGAACUUGCUAAAUUUAGUGUUGUAAACACAUUUGGCCUGCUUUUAUGUUGUUAUUGCUUUUUUCUCCAUCUCUUUUGGCCACUCUUUCGGCCAAAACAAAGUGUUCUCUUUUCGAAAUUUCUUUUUUUGAAUAAAAUUUCGGAUUUUCCGACAAAUUUUCGUUUUUUCUUAUCAAAAUACCCUUUAUUUUAUUGAAAACUAGUACUCUUUGAAUAGUACUGCCUUUUAAAAUUGUUGAAAUCGUAUUUUAGGCCCGUUUGAGAGACGAAUCUUUGACCUUUUGGCUGUUUUCCUCUCCGAAGCCACCGGUUUUAGCCGGUUUUUGGUGUUUGGAAAUUGUUUUUCGCUUUGUUUUGCGAAUAUUUUGGACAGAACAUUUGCUCUAGGGCUUGUACAUGUUAUGCUUUAUAUUUUGUUAAGAAAUCCGCAACAUUUCCUUUAGUUCGGCCAAGUUAUGGGCUUAUAUUUUAUAAAACGUCUUUUUUGUUACCUAAAAUAAUAUUUUUUGGUCAAAAACAUUGUUUAUAGUUGAUAUUUUGGGCCAAUUCUUUGCAUCAGCUUUCUUAAGAAUGUAAUAAAGCUUGUAGAUUAGCUAGAAUGUUGUGGUAAACUUCAAAUUUUGAGAUCUCAACUUUUCCCUUUGAGCACUUACUAUAAUAUCCCGUUUUCUCGCUAUACGUCCGGAUAUUUCUAGAAAACCCGGCCCGAUGUUUUGAUCGCAAAUAGACGAACUUUUGACUGGCUUUUUGAAUAAACAAAUUAGUCUUAUCAGUGAUCAUUCUCAAAACAGUUUCCUUUAUUACUCUAGGGCUGACUUUGAUGUGAUUAAAACUGAGUAAGGCUUCGAAUAAUUGAAGGAAUUCUUCGUCCAGUUUCAAUUGGUAGUGGAGUAUCUAUUUUCUUCGUAUUUUACAAAAGUUAAAACAUUUUUAAUACCUAAAUUUUCGAAUUUCAGAUUCAGUACCAGUCGAACAGGCAGCCGCGUGCAACUUGUUGAAACCCUUUCAACGUCGCGACCCACAGCGAACCAUGCCCGGCGCUACUAACUUUUCGCACGAGUCUAUCACAGCUGUAAGUUGGUGUAUUUUUGAAGAUUUUGGUUUGGCAUAACAAAAGUUAUGGCAAUUUUAAUGAAUUAUAGACAGAAAGUUGAGGUUGUUGCGGGAAAAUUUAAAAAUUGAGCGGGUUAAAGUGCUGCAAAGAAAGUUUUUGCGGUGGUAAAUAAUGAAUAAGAUCUUGGAAUUUAUUUUUCUAUAAUUUUAGGUAUUAGUUUGUUUAGUUUUUGAGAGAGUUGACAUUAACUUUGCCUAAGACAACAUGAUUUUUUGAGUAUAAUAUGGAUUUUCUUGUAGUUUCUUAGUAAUUAUUCCUUUUAAAUAGUUGUAAAACUACUUUUUAUCAUUUCAAAAAUGUAAACAAUAUAUUUUUCACCAAUCCACGUCAUUUCAGAGACUUGAGAAGACGUUAAAGAGCCUGGAUGUUGAGUUAGAUCCAAAAACCGAGGAUUUUAAUGAAAAGUCGUUGGAACAAAUAAUCAGCCGCUGGCGAAAACGUGAUUCUAAAUCCGAAAUCGCACUACAAGGCAUUCUAUCUGUCUUGGAAUAUUGUCUACAGCACAGUUUUGAUAGUAAUGAGUUCUUUGAGAAGUUUGUCAAUGCUCUCGGCUAUCACACCGUGCAGUUCUGGAGAGCGGCCGUUCCCUACAUCUACGACUCGGACAUGUCACACGGAACCAAGUACAGAGACGCAUUGUUGUUUAGUUUAACUUUGUAUGAUGUGAACACGGGCAAGAGCCGGCUCAAGGAGCUGUAUGCUGCUGUGCCUGGGGUCCGGAAGAGCUUGUUGGGUAAGGAUAAGGUCGUUUGGAUUAAGUUUGUCGAUGUAUAUUGAAAGAAAGCGUGUUUCACAGAAAAAGUAUUGAAAAAAAGAUUGAAAUGAUCCACAAAACGUGUCAUACAGAGUUAUCUAGUUGUAGAACACCUUUUUUCACUAAAAUAACCUUGUUUUAGGCGUCCACGCGAAGCGUUUUGGAGAACAAUAUCAUCAUUUACAGCGAAGACGCUCCUUGUCUCGUUCAUCAUUGCAAAACUCGACAGACUCACUAAAUGGUAGUAGAAGUAAUCUACAAGUGGAGAAUUUGAACUUAGGAAAAUCACCUCAAAACAGCGACGAAGAAGAUACUAACAGUAAGAAAAUUGAAUUUUUUGGGAUUUUGAUAAGAAAAAAGUUGAAAUUUAAGUUUAAAAAUUGAAAAAGGGUGAAUUUUUGAUACUUUUAAUACCUAAAAGCUUGAAAAUUCAUCUGAAAAAGGCUUAGAAAUGUUUAAAUGAAGAAAUAUAAUGAUAAAGGUACCUACUACCAGUGUUUUGCCGGACCGGUCCGGUCCGGAUUUUCAAAAAUUGCAAAAUUGAAAACAACUUUUUAGCUUAUGGUUUGAAGUUUUAAAAAAUAAACAACUUUUGUGAAGGUCCGUCUUUGGCUAUCAAGUUAUUACCGAAAUGGACCGCCCGGACCGGCAAGACCGAUUCGGUCCGGCCGGUCCAAAUGUUUAGCGAGGAACUUGUAUGAGACGGACCUUCACAAAAGUUAUUUAUUUUUUAAAACUUCAAACCAUAAGCUAAAAAGUUAUUUUCAAUCUUGCAAUUUUGAAAAUCCGGACCGGACCCGGUCCGGCAAAACACUGCCUACUACAAUCUAAUUUUAUUAAUAUUAGGUUGUUCAAAUAAUUUUGUGCCUUCUAACCUUAAAAAUUUGAUUUGAAAAGGGGCACAGAAUUACGUGAACAACUUAAUAAUAAUAAAAGUGCUUACUACAAUAUAGUUCAUUAAUGAUAGUAAAGAUACCUACUACAAUAUAAUUUUAUUUAUUAUAAUAAUAAUGCCUACUACAAUAUAAUUUAAAUAAAAACAAACAUUGAACCAAUACUCGCCUAAUAUUUUAGGUGAUAUUGGAAAAAGACGCACAAAACGCACAUUCUCCAUCGACUCAACUGACAGUUCUCUACUUCCACAUCAUGAUAACGAAGCCGAAUCCUUCACAUCCGGUGGCCUGGCCAACACUCACUUCCAGCAACGUGUCAUCAACGUCUCCAAUGCUCCGCCAGUGUCGUUGAAACGAGAAAAGUCCGGCGAAUGGGAGAUUAAGCAGGGCUCGGGAGGGCUGGUAUCGUGUGUUGAUCCGGUGAUGUCGGUCAAUCAUGAGAACAUGUGGUUGGCCAAUUUGGGAAUGAAUUUGGGCAAGGACAAGUUGAAGUAGGUUUGGGGGGGAAGGGUUGGGGUUUUGAGGUAAAUACUUGGGUAGGAUACGCUGUUCAGAUAAUUCUGUGCCCUCUCUUAAAGCAACUUUUGGGGGAAGGGGCACAGAAUUAGUUUAAUAUAAUAAUAUAUAUGUAGGGUUGGGUAUGGUAGAAUAGAGUAGUAUAGGGUAUAGUACGUUAUAUUAGGUUUGGGUGGUUAAUAUACGAUGUUAGUCAAGAUAGAAUCAAAAAAAAUUUUUUUCAGAUCAAACGAAUUCCUGGCGUCGAACUCGGAAGACACCCCUCAACUCGCCCCAACCACCAACACUCUCGGUCUGCCGUUGAUGCGCCAAGCGCUUGCCGACGUCCUCUUCCACGUGCUGGCCGACGACGACAUCAAGGAGGAGAAGGAGAGCGACGAACAGAAAACCGUCAGGUCGGGAAACCCCAAGCAUGCCGGCCAAUCGCUUUGGUUCAGUUUUUUCAUUUUGCUUCUCCAUUUUCGUUCUUUCUAAUCGAGCUAAAAUACGCAUUACGAGAGUGAGAGUAGGGUAGAGCUGUAGGGUAGGGUGGGGUUACUGUGACAUGGUUUUGUUGGGGGGGGUAGGGUUAUCCGUGAGGAACGGGCCGGGGGGCCGUCUUUGACUUAAAUUUAGGUUGGGAUUGAAAAUCAAGGCGCUUCUCAUGUGAUUUCUCAUGUGUAGGUAGGGUAAUAUAGUUGAUAGGGGGGGGUUGUAGGGUAAGGUAAGAAUAGAUGUGUAGGAUUUGAAAGAUAGGGUAGGUGAGGGCGUGGGUGGCUCAAGUUGGGAGAUUGUGAAAGAAAAUCAAAAAAUGUUUUUAAGGGAAAUUGAGAAAAAACUUAUGUUACAGUAACCUCAAAUAUGAUAAAUUACAAAAAAUUGAAACCCAGAAGUUUUUGAUGUUAAAAAAUGCUUGAUAAUCUAUAAGAUUAUCACUUUUUUAAUAAAAAAAUGGUAAAAUUACUACUUUUUUUACUAAAAAACAGUAAAAUACGGCAUAUUUUUUAUACAACAACUUAUUGUCGUAACUAUGUUGUAGUAGUGGUAUGUUGUGGUGAGAAACGACUUGACCUUUAGUUUUGGUAAGAAACAGCAUGACUUUUAUUAAUGUUAUAAGGGCUGUGUUAGGCUUGAACACAAGACGGGGACGUUUGCUUUGUGCUCUGGCCCUGCCUUGAGUCUAACAGUAAGCCUGGCGGUGUUUAAACUUUAGUUUUUGGUAGUUUCUCACCUAUAGUUAUAUACAGUGGAACUGAUGUAUAACGAAUCGCUCGGGUAUUUGAAGUGUGUUUGUUAUAAAGAAGUUUUAUUAUAGAGGGGUUUUUAAUGCACUGUGUAGUAGUAGCCAGGGAUUUUAAAAGUUGUUAGUUAUACAGAAAUUUCGUUAUAGGGGAGUUUUUUAUACAUGAGUUCCAUUGUAAGUAUGUGUUUGUGCGGUAGUGAAUUUUGUUUGGUUUGUUCGUAGUAACAGUAGAUAUUGCUUGGUUGAGUAUGGAUUUAGAUUUUAAUGUUGAAAUUGUAUGAACAAUAGAAAACAACUCACAUUUUUUUUGACAUUUUCAUAGUGUGAGAAUGUACUAACAGCAGUGGUUUGAGGUACAAUAAGUGAACAAACUUGUUGUGUUGGAAAGUCUUGGCUAAAAUAUUGUUUUUUAUACCUAGUUUUUGAAUUUUUAAAGGGUUUUCUUUGAAAUUUGGUGAAUAUAUGGAUGAAAAAUGACUUUUUUAAGGAAGUAAUAGUAUUUUGUAAAGUUUUACUUGUUUCAUGUUGUACUAACACCUUAUUUGUGCUAUUUGACAGUGUUAUACAUGAGAUUGUUUUAUAUAUAUUUUUUUAAAUAUGUUGAAAAAUAGACUGUUUUAUUUCAUGCCUAAAAUGUCAUGUAUAACACUGAAAAACCUUGUUGUUUUGUCUAAAAUUGUCUGUUUUGUCCGAAGAAAACUGUCCAAAAUGCAAGCCUUAAUGCCGUUUUUUAAAUCUAAAAUGAUUUUUUUUAAUUGAAAAUAGCUUUUUUAAUACCUAAAAUAAUAUUUUUAAAUUUAAAAAUAUUUUUUCAACUAAUUUUAUAACUAUUCGGUUGUUCAAAUAAUUCUGAGCUUCUUCUCAUUUUGUUCAGAAAAGCCUGCGCUACUAUCAAACCAAAUUUUCAGGGUUAGAUGGCUCAGAAUUAUUUGAACAACCUAAUUCAAUAACUUAGUUUAACUUACAGUAACUUUGAUAACCUUAAUUAUAACAAUUUACUGAGUUUUUAAAAUUUCCAGGGAAGAAAUGUCAUUGUUAGGUGUACUGAACAACUACAACAAGGGCAACUACAAGCUGAACCCAGUCAUAGUCCAAGAACAAGAUUACAACGUAUACUACGGUGGUAUUAGUAACGGAUUACUGUGGCCCGCAUUACAUAAUUUGCCAGAGUAUAUAGCAGCCGACUACGACGACCCAGCUGUGCUGAGAGAGCACUGGUGCUCGUAUGUCAGAGUCAACUAUCAAUUUGCUAUCGAUGCGGUUCGAAACAGCAGACCUCAGGUGGGUAGACGUGAUUUUUUGGGUAGGGUAGAUAGAGUAAAGGUGUGGAUUUUUUGGGAGGGUAGAGUAAAGAUUUUUUAAGCUGGGGUAGAGUAAAACAGUAUUUUUUAGGAAGGGCUGGUUUUUAAAAAUUGUUUUUUGAGGCAGGGGUAUAUUAAAAAAGUAAUUUUUAGGCGGGGUAUGUUUGAGAAAAAAUAUUUUUUGGGCCGGAGUAGGUUAAAAAAACCAAUUUUUUAGGCAGGGACAAACCAUAAAGCCGAUUUUUAGACCGGGUUUGAUUUAAAAAGUAAUUUUUUAGACAAGGGUGGACUAAAAAAAGAAUUUUUUAAGUAGGGUAAGUUGAAAAAAAGUAAUUCUUAGGCAAGGGUGGGUUUAAGAAAUGUAUUUUUUAGGCAUGGGUAAGCGAAAAAAGUAAUUUUUUAGGCAGUGGCAUAUUAGAAAAGACAUUUAUAAGGCAUGGGUAUGAGAAAAGUAUUUUUUAGGCAGGCUUAGAAAUGGAUUUUUAGGCAGGAUAGAUACAAAAAUGUAUUAAUUUUUAGAUAGGGGUGGAUUAACACACCAUAAAUGUAAGUAAAGAAUGUUUUAGGCAGGAAUAGGUAUAAAAACGUAAUUUUGUGGCGGGGUAGAUUUAAAAAUGAGUUUUUUAGUUGAAGUUACGCUGAGAAACGACUUUUUUAUGUAGGGGCAGGUUAAAAAAGCUAGUCUUUAGGCAGGAGUGGGUUAAAAACAGUAAGUUUUUAGGAAAGGACAGUUUUUAAAAAUUCAUUUUUCAGGUAAGGGUAGACUAAAAAAUAAUUUUUUUAGGCAGGGGUAGAGUAAUAAAGUAGAGUUUUAGGGAGGGUAGAUAAAAAAUGGUUUUUUUGGCAAGAGUAGAUUUAAAAAAGAGUAACUUGUUAGGCAGUUCAAGCAAAAAACCAAGUCUUUGGAAAGGAUUAGAUUUAAAAAAGUUUUUUUUGGCAGGGGUAGAUCAAAAAAGUAAUUUUCAGGCAGAGGCAGCGUUUGAAAAUUGAUUCUAAGGCUAAAAAUUACUUUUAUAACUAAAAUUUAAUUUAAAAAAAAUAUUUUAUGUCCCUACAUUUCAGGACUUUAUCUGGAUCCACGACUACCAUUUAAUGUUGACCGGUAUGAUCAUGCAAAGUUUGGAUCAGAACCUUGAAGUGGGCUUCUUCCUACACAUCCCAUUCCUGCCUCCAGAGAACUUCUUCACCAAACACAGAAUCUGCGCCUUUCCUAUUCUGAGAGGUCUUUUGAGAUUCACUAAGGUAAGGUUGUGUGGUAUCUACUAUAAUAUGGACGUAUAAGCAAGGGGAGGGCUGGUUUUAAGAUUAGUAGCUACUAUUAGGUUGUUCAAAAAAGUGUGAGCUCUGUUUUUUUUUUGAUAUUGGGAUGUUCACAUAAUUCUGAGCUUCGUUGUUUUUUGAUACUUGGUUGUUCAAAUAAUUCUGGCCUCCCAUGUUUUUUAAUAUUAGAUUGUUCAAAAAAUUCUGAGCUUCUUUGCUUUUUGAUAUUUGGUUGUUCAAAUAAUUCUGAGCUUCUUUGCUUUUUGAUAUUUGGUUGUUCAAAUAAUUCUGAGCUCUCUUGUAUUUUGAUAUUAAGUAGUUCAAUUAAUUCUGAGCUCCUAUGUUUUUUGGUAUUAGGUUGUUUAAUUAAUUCUGAGCCUCUUGGUUUUGAUAUUAAUUUGUUCAACUAAUUUUGAGCCUUUUGUUUUUUGAUAUUAUAUAGGUUGCUCAAGUAAUUCUGAGCUCCUUGGUUUUUCGAUAUUAGGUUGUUCAAAUAAUUCUGAGCCACUUUGUUUUUUUGAUAUCAGGUUGUUCAAGAAAUUCUGAGCUUCUUUCAAAGCAAAUUUUUCGGGUUAUGGGGCUCAGAAGUUUUUAAACAAUUCAGAAGCACUGCGACGACCUGGAUGUAUAUAUUAUAGUAGAUGUAGCUUAAAACGAAAAAUACGAUGUUUGUUUGUGAUUUUUGUAAAAUACGACUUUGUUUCUGUCUAUAUUAUUUAAAAAUUCAAAUUUUCAGGUCGGAUUCCAAACUCAUCGUGAUCGUGCCAAGUUCCUGGAGCUGAUUCAGAAGCAUCUUCAAACUGUCAAAAUCAACUUUGAUGCCAACCUCGAUAUUCAUGUGGUGACAUACCAAGGCUGGAGCUGCUCGUUGGGAGUGUUCCCGGUCAGUAUUAAGAACGAGGACUUUUUGAAAGUGGCCAAGGAUCCGGAGACCGUGAAGAGGGCCAACGACAUCAGGAAGGGGGUAAGAACGGGGGUUGGUCUUGAUUUGAGUAGGGGCUUUGGGGCAGAUUGGUGUGAAAAGCGGGUCUGGCUCACUUUUGAGGUUUGGUUUAGGCUUGGGGUCUAACGUUUAGGCAUGGCUUGAUUUUAUGUUUUCUCAGGCCGGUACAGCUAAAGAAAAUUUUGAAAAUUUAAAAAAUUUUUAAAAAUGUGGCUUUGGGCCUAACUUUCAAGCCCAGUUCGUUUCAACUUUACCUCAAGGCCGAGUUGACCCGAUUAUAGAACCGGGCUUACACGGUCUGUUUCUCAUUUCUAGGAGUAGUUCUGGAGCUGAGGCAAGAAUUUUUAGAAAGGCAAAGCCAAAAAAUGUCGAACUUUAGUACUUUUUUGAUUCAUGGGCUCUAACUGCUAGCCUGGAGCCGAAUCAGAUCCUAAAUUGAAAAGAAGUUGCAGCGGAUGCCGUAUAUUUUAAAUUUGGGAACUUUGAUUUGGAGGUGUUUUAGCUAUUUUUUGAUGAUAAUUACCGUAUUUUUGGCUAUUUUUGAAUUUUUUGUUUUUCAGUAUUUUUGAGGCAUUUUUUGCUGUUUUAAACUUGAUUUUGGCUAGUUUUUUAAAAUUUUUUACCUAAAAAUUUAAAAAAUUGAAUUUAUCUCAUUAUCAACAACUUUUUUUGAAUUCACACUUAAAAUUGUGAAAAAAAAGUUUUAUUAGCCUUUUUACAUCAAUAUAAACACAAUUUGUUUCAGAUAUUUGGUGAGAACCCAUCAGAAGACUCGAGACUAUUCUUUUCGGUCGAAAGAUUCGACUACACCAAGGGUAUUCGUGAGAAACUGAAGGCCUACAAGAGGUAUUUCGAAAAGUAUCCAGACAGAAUCGGCAAGGAUUGCCUGUAUCAGGUGGGUAGUGGUUUGGAAUGGCAUUUUUUUGGAGUUUUGAAAAAUUUUGAAAUUUCGAGAAAAAAAUUUUUUUUUUAAUUUUUAAUUUUUUUCGAAAUGUUGAAAAUUUUUUUUUAUUUUAUGAUAGAAAGUUGAAAUAUAGAACAAAAUUUUCAAAAUGGAUUUUAAAAUUAAAAAUUUGUUUCUUUUUAGGUAGCAGUAACAAACCGCCGUUCCGUCGACACCUACCGUGUAUAUCAAGAUGAAUGCAUCGAGUUGGCCGAGGAAAUUAUCAAGAACUUCAAAUCAGACGACUACCCAGAUUGGAAGCCUUUGAUAUUCCGAACUGACGGUCUUCAACGUGUCGAUCUGGUCAGUCAUUACCUCGCUAUGGACAUUGGAGUAGUUACACCACGCAAAGAUGGCAUGAACCUCGUGGCUAAGGAAAUGAUGGUCUGUAACCCGGCCGGCGGCUUGGUUCUAUCAACCGGAGCCGGCUCCGAAAUCCAAUUCACAAUGGCAGGGCUAAUGGAAGACGGAGAUCAAGCCUAUCAUCGUGUAGAUGACCUGAAUGAUGCCGAACGCUACGCUGACAUACUAUACGCAGCGGCGACUGAGACCACCGAGACCAGAGCCACACACGGUAAACGACUACACGAAUUCAUCAUGAAUAACGACAUUGAACGAUGGUCAGCGGCCUUCUUGGACCCAGGAUGGAGUCAUCUUGUGAUAAGACAAAGCGAGGUUCAGACUCUCGAUGACUUCUACACAUUGAUGAUGAGGUCGAGGGAUGUGAGAAGACAGAUCGUGGAGAGAGUGUUGAAGGGAAUUCCCAUCCGAAGUCAUUUUGGCAUCAGUUUGAAUAAUGCAAAGGUAAGGGGAGAGUAUUGAUGUUGUUUUAGGUAUAGAUUGUUGCUUUAGGUAUAAUUUGUUGUUGUUGUAUGUAUACCACAUGAUUUUUUUUGUGAUUUUAGGUAUUGAAAUGGAUUUGUUUUAGAUUUUUAGUAUUUUAAGUGUGAAAAAUGAGUUUAAAAAGAUGAAAUAUUGUACUUCAAGGCAUUUUUAAGGAUAAAAAAUGACUUUUUUGCGGUUUUAGAUAUCAAAAUGCAUAUGUUUUGCUAUUUUAGGUAUUAAAACUUGCUUUUUUUGCUAUUUUAGGUAUUAAAAUACGUUUUUUUUUGCUGUUUAGGUACAAAAAUUUAAUUUUUUAAACUUUUUUGCUAUUUUAGGUAUAAAAAACAAUUUUUUUGAGAUUUUAGGUACCAAAAUGUUUUUUUUUGGUGAUUUAGGUAUAAAAACCAGCUUUUUCUAAGCUUUAAGUGUCAAAGAAUACUUUUUUCUGAGAUUUCAGGUAUUAAAACGGGCUUUGCUUGCUAUUUUAGGCAUAAAAAACGGUUUUUAAAAAACAUUUUAGGUAUUAAAAUUCUAUGUUUUUUUAGGUGUCAAAACUAAAUUAAUAAAAAAUUUUUAUAGGAAUCCUUACUCCAAGCAUGUGAACACAACACAAAGACGAUUCUCCUAAAGCCGAGCAGUGAUCUGGCAGUGGAAGACAACUCACAAAUGGCACGAUUCGACAUUAAAACAGAGUUGGACGAGUUCGAAAAGGACUUGAACUUUUUGAAAUUUGUCCAAAGUGACGAUGUUUACAAUGUGGAACAGUUCAUCAACGUGAGUUUUGGUUUAAAAUGGCUGAACAUUGAUUUUUUUUUAUUUUUAAUUUUGAAAAAAUUGCCUGUUUAAGGGAUUAAAAACGUCUUGUCGUUUUUUAACGUUGAAAGUAAUGUAAAUUUACGACAAGACUUUUUUCUUUCUUUUGUAUCUAAUUUUAUGAUACAGUUAUAUUAAUCUUAGUUUGUUCAAAUAAUUCAGAGCCCCUUUUCAAAGCAAAUUCUCUCAUUUUAGUCUCUGCAAGAGUACCAUCCAGUAUCGACGGACAAAUUCCGCGACGAAGUGAUGGCAGUAGUCGAUCUCUUCACCGACGCCGACCAUUUCAACUUUUUCUUCACUGACAGAGAUGGUACCCUCAAGUCCUACUCCUGCUCCUAUCCAGCCUCAGUCCAGCCCGCCUACUCCGGCGUAAUCCAAGCCCAGUUCGCGAGAAGAUGUGCCCAAACCUGUGCCAUCGUCACGACAGCACCAAUGAUGCGAAUUGGCGUACUGGACGUGAGCACCAUCCCUGAAGGCUACUACUACUUUGGUGCGUCGGCCGGUCGAGAAUGGUUCAUCGACCCGGCGACAAAGUUCAAGGAUCAGUCGAUUCCCGAAGUCGAUCUGGAGCUUCUGGACAGUGUUUUCAAUGCCAUCGCUGACUUUUUGGAGGAACCGGAUUAUAAACACUUUACGUGGGUCGGAAGUGGCCUUCAGAAACACUAUGGGCAUCUGACUGUCGCUCAUCAAGAUGCGUUUGGCAGUGUUAAGGACGAGAAGGUCAAGCAAUUGUAAGUUUUUUUUAAAUGGGAUAGUACCGGAUUUAACUAGGGGGUAGAUAUGAGGAACGGGCCGGCCUCGACCCAAAUUUAGGUCUGGCCGGGCUUUAAAAAAGGCCUCGUGUCUGAUGUCUACUGGAGGGGGGGGAGAUUGUGGUACGUGAAGUACUACUGCCACUAGCAAUGUCAAGCUCAAACCUUACAGUACCACCUUUUUAGAGACAAAAAGAUUCGUGAAAUCGUCGCCAAAAUUGACCCUCAAUCUAACUCCUUGUCGAUGAUCGAAACCGAGACUGACCUGAAGAUCUUCCUGAAGUCGGAAACCGGCGAGAUCUUCGACAAAGGAGAUGGUAUUGAACUGCUGGUGAAACAGGCCAAACUAGACCUGACUAAUGGCUCAAUCUUGGUUUGUGGCGACUCGAUGACAGACCUGCCAAUGCUUGAAGCUUGUUUGAAAAAGAAUCCGACUGGCGUCUUUACUGUAUGGGUAACUACUGAUGGUAGUCUACAGAAUACGGUAAGUUUUUUUGGAGGGUGGGGGGGGUUGACUUUGGUUUAGUAUGGGGCUGGUAGGGUAUGGAGGAAUAGGGUAGCUACGGUAGAAUAGGGGGGGGCAGGCAUUAGGUAGGGUAUGGUGAGGUAGGGUAAGUUAAGAUAAGGUAAGGUAUGGCAUGGUAAUGUAAAGAAGGGUAAGGUAGAGCAGUGUCUGUAUGGGUCUCUUGAGGUAUAGUAAAGUAGAAUACGAUAGCUAUGAUUGCAUUAGGUAGGGUAAGGUAGGAUAGGAUAGACUAGGGUAAUGUAAGGUAAAGUAAGGUAGGGUAGGGUAGAGUAGGGCAGAGUUGGGUAGGUUUGUUUAUUGUAGAGUAUGGUAAUGUAUGGCAGAGUAGGAUGGUGUAGUCUAUAACAACUCCAUACCUAAGCUAAUAUAAACUAUUUUAGGUCCGCUCGUUGUGCGAAAAGUUUGAAAACCAGAACUUUGUCUUCGUAUCUUGCCCGGAGGUCUUACUAGGAGGUAUGGCUCAAGCCACGAUCCGCGAAAUCAGCAUCUGUAGGCCAAGAGUUGGCCUCGAUUCGGAGUAA